AUGGAGAGAUGUGAAACUACUUCGUUCAAUGUUCGUGGGGAGGGAGGGACGGUGGAGCGCGAGCGCGCGGCCCGCGCGGCGGCGUCCCGCAAGGCGGAGCGCGCGUCGCUGCGCGCGCUGCGGCCGCUGGAGCACCCCGGCGCGCCCGCCGCGCUCGCGCGCCGCCGCGCCGCCGCCCAGCUCGAGCAGGACCUCGCCAAGCUGCAGGCCGAGUGGACGCUGUUCGUGGCCCGCUCGGGGCUGGUUCGGUUCCCGGCCGAGCCUGCGCAGUACGCGCACGCGCUCACGCUGCACAAGGACAAGCAGAGGGAGCUGCGGCGACAGCUCGAGAUGCGCCUCUCAGCCCUCCAGGCGGAGGUCCGUCAGCAGCUGCUGCUGCACCGGCCGUGGCGCUGCGUCGAGGCGGACUUCGCGGAGUUCCCCGCGCCCGAGCUGGCCGCGGUGUUAUCGUCGAAGGCGGUGGAUGUGGGCACGAUCCGCUACCCGGCGCCGGCCGGCGGCCACGCGGACGACACCAUCUUCGUGACUCCCGCGCAGCUCGCCAAGUUGCGUGAGUUAGUCACAGAACUACAAUCAGACGACGUGAAACUCGAGCUGCGGCCGCUAGAUGUCACCGUGUGCGCUGCUUAGAGCGAGCGGGACGACAAGAUAUAGAGUGAACGAGAGAGAGAGAGAGAUGGAGAUAGGACCAGCUGGGAUAUAAUACGACACUAAAUACUUUCGCGUUUAGUUAAUACUGAGUAUUAAGUUAUAUGACUUUAAUGUUUUGAACUGACAAGUCAAAGUCACGUCACUUGUCGAAAAGGAAUGUCAUUCUUAUACAUUAGAAGUUCUUAUUUGUAAGGUAACGGUGUCUAAACGAUAAGAUGAAAUACAAUUUUAAAAUCAGUUUAUAUAAUAAUGUGCUGAACGAUGUGCAUGAGAAUUGUAUGUUUGUGAC